AUGGCGAAAAAGUUCGUAUUUGGCAUGAUAACUGGUUGCCUCAAAAGUUCAACUUCAAAGUCCAAAGCCCUAUUCAAUUUUUUGCCAUCGGAUGCGAAAGUUAGCUGUCUCAUUGAUCUGGAUUUGGGCUGCUGGUGUAAUUCUCUGAUACAGGAGGUUUUUGUUCAAGAGGAGGCGAGACAAGUUCUUGCUAUACCCCUCUCUUUCCGUAGACCUGUGGAUGAGCUUAUUUGGAAUUAUGAAAAAAGCGGAAACUACUCUGUGAAGUCAGCAUAUCACCUGCUAGUGCAUGGAAAACGCAGCAAAGGCCCGGGCCCUUCUAGUGUCUCUUACCACAAGCUGGGGCAGAAAAUUUGGCAAGCCCGUUUGCACCCCCGUGUCCGAAAUUUCCUUUGGCGCCUUGCAAAAGAUAUUCUCCCAACAAAGGAAAAUCUCCAAAAGAAGGGCAUUACUUUGGAUACCUCCUGCUCUUUCUGUCAAGCUGCUCCCGAAACGGCGCACCAUCUCUUCCUGCAGUGUGAAUUUGCUAGGUCUGUGUGUUUUUCUUCCUGUUUUGGUCUGCGACUUCCUUUAAAUUCUGAUUUGAAUGAUUGGAUCUAUGGCUGUUUGGAUGACUCGGACGUGAUAGGCGAUCAGCUAAAGUGCUCUCUGUUGUGGCAACUUUGGAAAACUAAAAACCUAUUGUUGUACCAACAAAAGUCUGUUGAGCCUUGGAUUGUUGCGGAAGAAACUUUGGUUGCUGUUAAGGAGUUCAACAUAACAAAUCCGUGUGUCAAAGUCAAGACUCCUUCCUUUAAUUCGCUUGAGACCCCUUCAGACCAUGAGGUUUACACCAUGAAUGUAGACGCUGGCUGCUUCGAGGAUGGCUCUGUUGCCUUUGGUUGUUUGAUUAAAAAUCAGGAUGGGAAUGUUCUCUUAGCAGCAUGCAAGAGAGAAGAAGUCUCGGUUUGUCCUUUGAUAGGUGAAACUUUAGCCAUCCGAUGGAGCUUACAAGUUGCUAAGGAGCUGAAGGUGGAGAGAAUCCUUGUUCAAUCUGAUGCUUUAUCUGUUGUGGAUUGUAUUAAUGCGGUUUCGGUGCGGGCGGAUAUUGAUCAUGUGAUCCGCGACUGUCAAUUUCUCCUUUCUAGCUUUAAGUUUGCAUCUGUUGUCUUUAUUAAUAGGUCUUUUAACAGUGAUGCCCAUUCUUUUGUUGGUUUGGGUAAUCGUUUCGGUUCGAGAACCUGGCUUGAAAUGCCCUCCUGUUGUAAUUCUAUUUUUGUUUGCCCAGCUGUGGCCUCUUAA